AUGACAUAUCUCGCCAAGAACAACGACAAUAAAUAUAUACCCAUACAGCCUUGGUUGUUACCUUUGGUGUAUGUCAACCCUCUAUCGCUGGUAUCAACUACAGAAUGCACUCCAGAAACAACUUUGCUGGCCAUAAAGGGUAUUCUACUAUCUAAUGGCUUGGACCCCGAGCCAAUGGUUUCCAAACUGCAAUUUCUCCAGAUGCUUGCAUACGAGGUGGAUCAACAAUACGCCUUGGAGAAUUAUGAUGGGGACAAUAAUAACAGCAGCACUCUUUCUAGUCUAGUACAUUCAACUCAGGUCGAUAAGAUCUACCAAUCGAAAAUCAAUAAUGAGAUUUGUAACUACAUUAGAGACCAUAAAGUUUGGAUACCACAGGGGGAUUAUGUCACAUUUACUCACCUUAUAAGCCAGCUCCCAUUAUAUAAAGAUUACAUUGAAAAUCUAAAACCUUUAGAAAGUUCAAAUGUGGAGGACAUUUCCGAUAAUUCUAAUCUAGAUUUUCUAGAAUACAAUACUUGCAAACCAGAACCUGCCUCGCAGCCCUCGAGUGCUUCGGUAUACUCUGAGAAUCAUCAGACUACUGACGGAGCUCAUGAAAAUUUCAUCAGUGUCACGUAUUGCCCCAAAAUGUACGGACCGUCUCCUAUUCCUCCGUUGAUGCACCACUGUUCAACCGCAAUCAACGGGAAGAUUUACAUUUUUGGCGGGUUGGUAAGCUACUACUACGAUAACAAGAAUUUCACAGUGGCCGAAACAACGUCAUCGUAUUUUAAAGCUAAAGAUAAUCAAAACUAUCCAUUUCCCCUCAAAAGCUCGGUGUUUAAUAACCCAGAAACCGUCCCCAAUCGAAAUAUCUAUGUCUUGAAUAUCGAAAGUAACAUUAUAUCCAUACCGAAAGUAAUGGGGGAUAUCCCUCCAGAAGGGAUUAGUGGCGCUACAGCAACCGUCAUUAACGACCGAUAUAUAUUCUAUUUUGGUGGAUUCACUCUAAACACAGAAUACGCCGAAGAUCAGUCAGAGUUGGAUGAUGGGGUUAUCAUGUUGGAUAGAUCCAUUGAAUACAAUACAAAAGCUUGGAUCUUGGAUAUUUGUCUCAUGGAGUUCAUCGAAGUGCCCUUGAUGCAUGAUGGUUUGUCAGAUUUCAAAUUAUUAGGUCACUCAUGUACCAUUAUUCCAACUAUGUCACUGACUUCCUCUCCGUCCAGUUGUGAAGCUUGUGGUGUCUCGACAAAAAGUGAAAUGUAUGUGUUUGGAGGUGUCACUGAAUCAUCAAGCAUUUUACCAGCGGUAGAUAAUGAACCAGUCCCAAUUUGUACCAACAAAAUGUACAAAAUUGAGCUAGAAUAUACCCCAACCGGCAGCCAAAGAUACCUUAAUUUCAAAUUCCCUGCGGUGAUUUCUGAGGUUCUAAUCCCAAAUAAUGUCGCCUUACCAUGCGCCAGAAGUUGCCAUGCUUCAACAUUAUGUGACGACCAAGCUUUGAAGGACAUCAGACUGGGCGAAUACUAUUCUGAUUCUGUGGCAACCGACUCUCCCAAGCCACAAAAUAAAUUACCUGAUUACUCAGUUCUUAUCCAUGGUGGUUGCAACUUUGUUGACAUUCUUGGAGAUCUUUGGAAAUUUAACGUUAAAAGCCAGCAAUGGUCGAAAAUCGAAACUUUGAGUCAUUCAUUUAAUGCUGAUUGCUCUCCUCGGUCCGAGAUUUUCCCCACCAAGUUUGAUAAAGCCAGUCACGGAAUUUCUUUGAUUGAUAAAUAUUUGGUAUUCACCGGUGGGUUUAAUGAAGAAUACGUAGUUGAGCCACUACAGAAUUCUAGGAAAAAGGCAAAAUUUUACAACUCUUUCAUCACAUCCCACAAUGAACAGUCAGACUCAUCUCAAAAAGUAAAGCAUCAGCAAGAUUUCGGGUAUGUAUUGGACCACCUGAAUGAACGCACCCUUCCUGAUGCUACCAACAUUGCAAGCCAAUUGGUUCGGAACCUUAAGAAAAAAUAUCUUCGUAUCAUCAUCCUUGAUUUGACCACUAACACGUUUAUGUACGUUCGUUCUUCUAACGAUGUCACGGCGUAUACCAACUUGCGAAGUUAUUUGAAUAAUGAACGGUUAUGUGCGAGAAUCAGAUCAUUCUCUACAAGCCAUUGGGAUGAUGAGAUGGUGAUUUUGUGUCAGCAAUUAGUCAAGUAUAUCCAAACGGUACCUCGGAACUCCAAAGCCGCUAUCGAGGCCCGAGGAAUCUUGAGGAAGUUGUAUUUCGCCAUGAGGAUUAGACCGCUCUUUACGGAACAUUUUCUGACUAUAGGAUCCACCACCGUAUAUUCUAAUGGGAAGAUUUGCUGCAUUGGUGGAGUAUUGUUGGUUCCAGAAUCACAUAAAAGAGAAACAAAAAAAAUAAAUCCUAACAGUCCUUUUACAGAAGUUCUGGAGCGUGGUCAUCCAUUGGGAACAAUUACCACGUUAGAGUUACCAAUUUUCUCACACCCAAAGAAUUUUUACGAAGAUAAUGAUAAAGUAGGCGAGAAUAUCUGGUUAUUUUGA